CAUUACUGAGUUAAUGGGGAUCCUAGGCUAGGGAGGCCCCAAGAUGGGCAACUCCCUGCAGCUUGGGCCCAUGGUGCUCUUCCUAAGGCCCUGAGUGGUCUAGCCCCUGACCUCAUUCGGGUUAGGAGUGGAAGCGGAACUGUGGGAGGCUGCCUGGACCCCACUCGGUAAGCAUGGCGCUGCUCAAAGUCAACUUUGACCAGAAGAAGCGGGUCAAGCUGGCCCAGGGGCUCUGGCUUAUGAACUGGCUGUCCGUGUUGGCCGGCAUUAUCCUCUUCAGCCUGGGGCUGUUCCUGAAGAUUGAACUCCGCAAGAGGAGCGAAGUGAUGAAUAAUUCUGAAAGCCACUUUGUACCCAACUCCCUGAUAGGGGUGGGGGUGCUGUCCUGUGUCUUCAACUCGCUGGCUGGCAAGAUCUGCUAUGACGCCCUGGACCCUGCCAAGUAUGCCAAGUGGAAGCCCUGGCUGAAGCCGUACCUGGCUGUCUGUGUCCUCUUCAACGUCCUCCUCUUCCUCGUGGCUCUCUGUUGCUUUCUGCUGCGCGGCUCCCUGGAGAGCACCCUGGCUUACGGGCUCAAGAAUGGGAUGAAGUACUAUCGGGACACGGACACCCCAGGCAGAUGCUUCAUGAAAAAGACCAUCGACAUGCUUCAAAUCGAGUUCAAGUGCUGUGGCAACAACGGCUUCCGGGACUGGUUCGAGAUCCAGUGGAUCAGUAAUCGCUACCUGGACUUUUCCUCCAAGGAGGUCAAAGACCGGAUCAAGAGCAAUGUGGAUGGGCGGUACCUGGUGGAUGGGGUCCCUUUCAGCUGCUGCAACCCCAGCUCGCCACGGCCCUGCAUCCAAUACCAGCUCACCAACAACUCAGCACACUACAGCUACGACCACCAGACUGAGGAGCUGAACCUGUGGCUGAGGGGCUGCAGGGCUGCCCUGCUGAAUUACUACAGCAGCCUCAUGAACUCCAUGGGUGUGGUCACUCUCCUAGUCUGGCUCUUUGAGGUGAGCAUCACCGCUGGACUCCGAUACCUGCACACAGCACUGGAAAGCGUGUCUGACCCUGAGGACCCUGAGUGUGAGAGUGAGGGCUGGCUGCUGGAGAAGAGCGUGUCGGAGACCUGGAAGGCCUUUCUGGAGAGCUUUAAGAAGCUAGGCAAGGGCAAUCAGGUGGAGGCUGAGGGCGCUGAUGCAGGCCAGGCCCCAGAGGCUGGCUGAUGGCCUGGGGCCUCUCCCCUCCUCCACACUUAGCGGACUCCAGGAAAUGUGGAUACCCCCUUGUCCAGCUGAAAGUCUGAAUUUCCCAAGAAAGCUGGGUACCUACUGACUCUCCUUGACCGUGGGCCUUGAAGUUCAAGGGUCCUUAGAGCAUGUGGCAAACAUUUGCAAAAUGGCUGCCACCAAAUGUGAGUGAAUGAGCCCUUUCCAUGGAUGCCCAGUUUCACAGGGGCCAGCUGUUCCAGGACUCCUCUGUCUGAGUGUGAGUCCAGCUCUCUCAUAGGUGACUGGCCACACCAAGGUCCCUCCCCUGGUAGUGUCUGCCUCUUUUAAGCUCCAAGUUCUGCAUCCAAACCAUCACUUGAUACAUAAACACAAAGGUGAAAAAAACCUAAGGACCACGUUGUCUUUUCUUUAAUGACAGGGUUAACAAGCUGGUCAACGUUUCCUUACUGUUAGAUAACGGGAGAGGGGCAGCUAUAUUUUUAUAGCGCAAUGGAGUCCUCCAGAGGAUUACCUCCACAUAGGAAUUCAUAGACGGUGAAGAGGUGAGGACUUUCCUUUCCUGAAAGUGAUUGUCCUUAUCCCUACACCUCAGUCACUUACUCCAGCUUGAACCAGGGGCUGGCAUGUCCCAGCAACCCUUCUGCUCACAAAGUGCUGGGUGAGCUGCUGUCUGUGGUUUGCCUGAGA